UGGCUCCCAGUGUCGUGAUCGCGAGUUGUGAACGUUAUAUUUAAUAAAGUCCUUUCGCGGUUCUAAGACAUUUGUUCACUUACGACAGGAAAAAAAAACGACUGUAAGUGAAGAUCAUUCCGACUACUCGAAAGAUACAAGAAGACAUAUAUAACAGAGUUACAUUUAUCUUCUACACGUUAAUUCAGAACAGAAAUGGACAAUUCUGGAGUAUGGGUUGGUGCCUGGAGGCCUCACAGGCCUAAAGGUCCGAUUGCUGCAAUGUACAAGAGUCCUGGUCCCAAGUAUGCCCUCCCAGCAUGUAUAGGUUCAAAUGACCAUGACCCACGGAAAUGGAAAGCUCCUGCAUACAGUUUUGGAGUACGACAUCAGGAACCCAUCGAGACCUGCUCCCCCGGACCUUGCUACCUCAUACCCUCCAAUAUCACAAAGACUGGACGUAAUGGCUCCCCUGCAUUUUCAAUAUAUGGCCGAGCCAAAGACCCUGAGGCCUUUAAGACCCCAGGACCAGGGACUUAUGAACCAGAGAAAGCAGCUCUGAAAACGCUUCCUUCUGCCCCUGCAUUCACAAUGUCUCCUAGGACAAAAAUUAUCCGCAGUGACCAAACACCAGGGCCUGCUGCAUAUUCACUUCCCCCAGUGGUGGGUCCAAAUGCAGUAAAUGUAAAAUCUGGUCCGAGCUUCUCCUUUGGUGACCGCACCAAAGUAGGCAGCUUCCUUGAAGACUUGCAAAAGACUCCAGGUCCUGGAACUUACAAAGUUGUGGACACAAACAUUUACAAAUUAAAAUCCCCGCAGUUCAGCAUGUCUGGCCGCAACGAAUUACCUGGUGAUAGAAGCCAGAAUCCAGGGCCCGGAGCUCACUAUCCUGAGCAGGUGACCUUCACAAGACCUAAAGCUCCCAGUUUCACCUUUGGUGUUCGCCACUCUGAGCACCUGGCCCCACUGAUUUUGGAAGUUGUUGAUGAUUAAGCGCCACGUCAGACCUUAAGUCUUAAUCAAGACUGCAGAAGGAA